CUCUCUCAAAAAAUGAAAACGGAGAAGGCGACUCAAGAAACCAGUUCUCGCAAGGAAGCAUCGAUUAUAAUUGACGCAUAUUCUACAAGAUGUGCAAAGUGCAAGAAGUGGAGGUUCCUCAACUCUGAAGAAGAGUAUGAGGAAAUUAUUAGUAGAUCACCAAACAAGUCUUUUUCAUGCAAAAACUGUGAAGAACCAGAAGUUGACGUUAAGUAUCACUGGACAACUGUGUGUCUACUCGGUGGUUCUCGUCCAAUUGUAAUGCAAAGGGAGAGGAACCCAUCUAGUGAUGUUGUAUCAUCCUCUCAUAAUGCGAAUGGUGAUGCAACUUCAUCUAAGAAAAAGAGGAAACGGGAUGGGAAAGAGGGAAUCAGAGAGAGUAAGAAAGUAGCUGAAGUUGUCUUUUUUGAAGAGCUUGACAAAGGAAAUCUAGAUGGAGAAGUAGCUGCAAAAGGAAAAAAAGUGAGCAUAUUCUAUACUGCGAAGCUAAAAGAUACCGGAAAAUUAUUUGAAACAAACCUUGGAGAAGCACCAGUAAAAUUUCGCAUAGGUAGAGAGAAGGUCAUAAAAGGUCUAGAGAUAGGUGUGGAAGGGAUGCGUGUUGGUGGAAAAAGAAGAAUCACAAUUCCGCCAUCCCUGGGUUACUCAGAAGAGGGAUUCAAGGAUGUUGUGCCCAAAAAUGCCUGGUUAGUCUAUGAAGUCGAGGCAGUCAAAAUCAGAUGA